GUUUCCUAGCAACCACACUGCCGGUUUCCAAGCAAUACCUCUGGUUUCCUAGCAACGGACCCGUCCAAACCAUGGCGCGGUUUGUGCUCGCUGGGAAAGCCGACUGUCCUCACUUCGCCAAAGCCGAGAAUCUAGGGGAUCAACUCCAGGGAUCCCUACCCUACUUCCGGAUCCACAAGAUCCUCGUCGCGCCAGACGAGUGGGAGGAAUGGUUGGACGACACCUGUCGAUCACACGGAUGGCGACACAGCGAGUCCCCGCUGGUGUGGCGUGAACUUCUGGACCGCGGGGGCAAAGGGAUGUUGGUGGGGGGUCUGGCUGACUUCCUGGAGCACUGCCAUGAAUACUAUGGUGUGAUGUCAGACAUGUCGACAGACAUGAUGCUGAAGAUCGCCGUGGAGACCCGCGAGAUGGAGGAGAGUUGGAUGGAGGAAAAGAAGCUCCAAGCUAGCCUACGCCAACCGCUUAACGUCUGGAUCAGCGGUGCUCUGAACCCCACGUGCUCAAUACUGAUUCCCCAUCUGCUGUCAGAGCACAUCUUCCCCAGGGCAUUCACCUUAUUUGGCAUCAGCCUGCACCUCCUCCAUUGGGAGGGGGAGGAGGAGGCGUUGCAUGCCCUGCACGUUGAGACAGAGUGGCUGGGCCUCCCUCUACUCCACCAGGUCACCGCGCACGCUGGCCUGGAGGAGGCCUUUAGAGACGCAGACCUCGUCAUUCUGCUGGACGAGGAGGAGGACGCCGGCAACCAGGGAGGGGGGGAGGAGCUAAAGGAGAAGGAGGAGGUGAGCAAGGAGAAGGAGGUGAGGGAGGGGGAUGAGGAGAAGGAGGUGGGGAAGUUGGAGGAGGAGCGGGAGAAGGUCGAGAAAGAGGAAGGGGGAGUGAGGGUGGAGAAGAAGGACGAGGAGGUGAGGGACGAGGGGGGGCAGGGGAAAGGGGAGAAGGUGGAGGAGGAGAGGGGGAAGGUGGAGGAGAAGGAGGAGCAGGAAGAGGAGGUGGAGGAGAUGACGGACGAGGAGGCGGAGGAGGCGAGGAGGAGGAAGUCGCUCCUUCAGAGGAUCUCCGCCCGCUACCGUCGCUACGGUCGGCUGAUCGGAGAGCGGGCCCGCCGCCGGCUAGGGGGGGGCGUGAGGGUGAUGGUGGCGGGCGACGCCCACCUCAACCUCAAGUGCGCGCUGCUCGCCGAGAGCGCCCCCUCCCUGGACCCCGGCCUCUUCGUCGCCGUGGCGACGCCCUUGGAGACCGCCGCGAGCGCGCGCAUCGCGCUGAAGCUGGGCAUGAGGACCACAGACGUCAGAGGGGUGAUCGUGUGGGGGAACCCCAGCGGGACCUUCGGCGUGGACCUGCAGAGGGCCCGGGUGUUCGACCACACAGGGGCCAUCCAGGGGCCCCACUCCUUCUCCCGGCCGGUGCUCGAAGUGCUCCACGACAGAACCUGGCUGAAGACGGACCUUCCCGAGUUGCUCAAGGGUCGCGGCGCGACGUCGGCUUCCGACGCGGGGGGGGUCAGGCCGGCGUCCGUGUCGGUCGCCCACGGGAUCCUCGCGGUGCUCAGGGUCUGGAACGGGGUCCCCCACCCCGAGGCGGAGGGGCGGGUCCUCUCUCUGGGGGUGUGCUGCCAAGGACACCCCUACGUCCCGGACGGCGUGGUCUGCUCCGUCCCGGUGACCCUCUCAGAGGGCCGGUGGUCCCCCGUCCUGGAGGGCGUCGACAUGGAGGACGAGCUCGAGGAGACGCUAACGCUGGCCGUGGACGAGCUCCGACAGGAGAAAGAAGAAGGAUGCUCGGACUUGUAAAGACAAGCUUUCAGUGGAAGAGUUGGUAACAUUCACCAGUUGUGUACUAUAGUUGGUGCUGGUGUACAACUGGGUUCCUUUGGUUGUACAAGAAAUGAUCUUAACAGUAUGAAUUAGUGAUUAGUUCUCGACCCAUUUCCCUUUCAGAUUGGACUCUUAACCUUUGAAAGAAGUAACUCAGUAAACAGUAGAACUCUCUUCUAUAGUUAACAGGGAGCAAAUAACAAAACCCAAGAAAAUGUGAAUUCACAAAAAAUGUACCGGUAUUUAUUUUUUUUUUCUUCCACAUGUUAUUUAAAUGCAGGUGUGUGUGUGUGGUUCCCCCAAAAUAUAAAAUGGAGAAAAGAUCAAACUGAGUGCACUUUUUUGAAAAAGAAUGGAAAUUAGAAAAUAGAUUCCUUUAUUUGUUUUUUUGCCCCCAAUUGUACAGGUCAGUUAAGUGCCAUUUCGAAGAAGCGAUUGGUUAAAGCAUCAACAAACACAUUUUUUUUUUUUUUUUUUUUACACAAGUCUGUAUACUAAACAUUAGUCUGUUAUUAAAGAGCAGUGGUUCCCAACCUUGGGAUCGGAGCCAACUUGGGGUCCCCUGAUAUGAACAUGGGGGUCGCAGGAGACUGCCGACAAGAUAUAUAGUUGAUGGUCCAUUUUAGCAAACUAUUUUAUUUAUUUUUUUUAAACGGUCGCAGACUUCCUGUAUAUACGAAAUGGAUUAAUUCAUAGCCACUAGCAAACUACUACAACUAAUCACUUUCUAGUGUGCAGUAGAGCAAUGAGAUUACAUCCACCGGGAGAUCAGCAGUCGAUGCUGAUUGGGCGAUACGGGUUUGUGUGGAAGCAGAAGCACAUAAGGUUAAAGUUGGGGUCUCGAACAUCUUCACAGCUGGAAAUGGGCCAAAAAAAGGUUGGGAACCACUGUUAUAGCGUCAUAUUAUCCCUUCAUGACUUUCGCACUUCUCUACUGCCCCCAGCUGUGAGCUUUUGUAAUGCACGCGCAUCGCUUUCUAAAAGCGGAUGCGAUAGCAACAUGUAUUUCCCUAUUUGUUUUCAAUGGAAACACUCAAUCAGGAGUCAAUAUGUAACCAGGGUUUUGCUAGACCAAAAGCGAAAUAUCGGAAAAUGACAUGUUGCGUCGCACGAAUCGCGUGGACCUCAUUGGCUAGCCUGAAAACCUUGAGCGGUGUGCUGUUUGUACAUGCGACGAGAUCCCUUAGCUAUGCUACGCUAUUCACAAAGGGGAGACGUGAACCACGAAAAAGGAAAGACGUUUUAGUACAAAUAUAGUGCACUAUAGACAAGAAGCCGGGCGUCGCCGAUAGAUAUUCACAGGCGUGGACUCCAUUUUAACCAACACUCAAGACACCAAGGCAAAAUUCCGCCUCUUUGUCCGACUCCGAACAAUCCUUCUUUCUCAUUAAUCCCGAAUUUCGUCAACGCCCAACGGGCGGCCGCCUAACACGCGAUAUCUUAAAUCGAACGCAAGAACCAAUAUCGGAAACCACAACCUCGGCUCCGAUAGAAAGAAACCCCACAGCCCGCCCCUAAAAAACAAACUAAACUCAAAACUGAUAAAUCUUUACACGGUCGUCUUAGUAAGUAUUUAAAAAAGGUAAAGACAUGCGCGAUGCAUGCCGUGCACAGACUUUAGUAGUGGCACAAACCUUUCGUCUCUGUAAAUAUACACAUCCCAACGAUGGCUAUACAUGUAGAAAAAUAGCUGGUAAUGGUUACGUCAGUUUUAAAGUGAAACUAUAGCUAAAAACUAAAUGGGUUGCAAAUUGCGAAUAAAGUCCGUUAUUGUAACCUUGACUUUUUUUUUUUUUUU